AUGACUAUUUCGAUCAUUUAUUACCUAUUCACCUUGCUUGACAAUUCAAAUUGUUAAUGGGAAAUACAUAAAAAUUUUUUAGAUACUGAUAUGAUAUUUACAACAAGCGGAGGAUCAAGCUCAGGAAAUUUUACAUUGCCUUCAAGCUAAACAUCUGCAAAUUUUAUCACUUGUACAACUCCUCCUACAAGUUACAUUACUUUAACUAAUGUAUAUCCAUCUGCAAUAACUUCUAAUUAAUACUUAUUCUAUGAUUAGGAUUGGAUAUCUAUGGAUUUAUAUUUUCAGAGUACAUGGUCUUCUCAAAAUGUUUAAUUUACCUUAGGAUCAUUUUCUUAUUCAUAUAUUUAUAAUUCCCCUACCACUUAUCUAUUGACAACUGGAUUUUGUGAUGCUACUCCUUUUGAAGUUAAAACUUUAAAUUUUACACUACAAAUAGCAGAAGGUAGUACUUAUGCUAGAAUGAAAUUUACAUCCUCUAAUACAGAUGCAGGUUUAGUUUCGAUUAGAAAUAUCUUUGUCUCAAGAUUAAAAUGCUAUCCAUCAUGUAAUUCAUGCACAGGUCCAAAAUACAAUUAAUGUACAAGCUGCUAUUAUGGGAUCCAAACAAAUAAUUAAUGUCCACCUUGUCCUUCAAAUUAAUACUAUUGGAAGGAGGAAGGAUGCAGAGACAUUUGUGAUAUCAUGUCUCCAUUAUAUUAUAAUGGAUUUUGUUAAUUUUAUCCAAUUGGCCGUAUAAUAACUAGUUAUAUUUAUGAUUCAAUCUAUAGUAAUGAAGUUUUCAAAUGGUCGUUAAUAUAUGAUCCAUAACAUGUUGAUACAACUCCAACUGCUAUUAAUAUUUAUUUAUUUGCAUUAGGAGUAUUAAAGUAUAAUUCUGGAGUUUAUAGAUAUUUCGACUCAUUGUCUACUUAUUCUUCUUCCACUUUUUUGAUUGGAUUGAAAAUAACAAUUAUGCUUUAUAAUGAAAUUCCAAUUAAUUGUGGAAUAUAGUUUAAGAUUAACAAUACUUAUUACGGAUCUAUUUAUAGAAAUGCUUCUGGAAUUCAAACCCAUAAUUCAAAAAUCUCCUAUCAAUAUAAUUAUGGAAUUUCUUCAACAGUUACGUAUUUGACUAAACAAUAUGACCUAAUUUCAUAUAUUGAUAUUCCAAAAUAAGCAUUUUUAUUUUAAGCGAUAGGAAAUUAUACAGAUGGCACAGCAGGAUGGGGAUUAAGACUAGUUUAUAUUACUUCAGGAUUUUGCCAUAAAGAUUGUGAAUUGUGUGAAGUAUCAUUUAAAUGUAAGACUUGUAAAAGUGGUUACUAUUUUUAUCGAGAUGGUAGUUGCAUAUGGAGUUGCUCAUCUCCAUAUUAGAGAUUGAGUGGUUCAUAUUGCUAUGAUUAUGAUGAUGAAACACCUUAUUCUUAAUAAUUUGGUUUAAGAAUAUCUAGAUUUAGACAGGUGAUCCAGAAUACUAUGGAAAAUAUACUUUAAUUCUCUCAAAGUGGAUCAAACCUUUUAAGAGGAUCAGAUAUCUAUUAUUCUUAUUGGUAAGGAUAUAGAGUCUUUGGAGGACCUUUUGUAUGGGCAUAAGCUAAAUUCUAAAGGGUUCAUAAUAUAAUCAAUCCACAUCACAGUGUUACUAUUGCAUUUUUAUAUUUUAUAUGGACCUUCAUUCCCUUCAGAUGGGAAGUUUAUAUAUAAAAUUGA